AUGGUUGAGCAAGGCAGCUAUCAGCUUGCUGGGAACCAUGGCCCCCCUCCCUUGCCUCUUGACCUUCGCGAGCAUAAAUUACAUAUUCUCUUGCAAUGGGGGAUUAUUCUCCUCACGUCCUGUAUAGCACCAUUGGUGCUCUAUCCAAGUUUACACUGGGGGGCGGAUUUAUCCCUCAAGAUUUCUCUCAGCGUAUCGAGCGCAAUCCUAGGGGCAUCGACCUUAUACUCCUUGGGCAUACGAACGUGGCGACUAUUCAAAUCGACAUCGAAUUGCCGACCCCGCACAUCUGAAAGUCGCUGGAAUUUCGAUUUCUUCCACUGGAACUAUCUUCUGGGGUUUGUGCUCGUCACAAUCAUUAUUGUGGUUGGCUUGACGGAAGAUCCUCCUAGUGUACGAAUGACAGCUUUGCCACCGUCUAUUCUGCUCGUGCAAGUUGGCCUCACACUCGUCAUUGUCGGAAUUCUGGCAAAGCUUCGCAUACGGCAACCAUUCGCAGUGUCUUCUAUGCCUGCAGGUGCAGAAUUUCGUCCAGGUAUCUUAGUGAUCAUCGAAGAUGUCGUUGCGGUGGACGGGGGUCGAGGCGGGAUAUACCGUCUCGCCCUAAUGGAAAGGUAUGCAGCCAGCUUACGGUUUCAACGACUAAUUGAGGAUCUCAAUUGGUUCUGGGGAUUUGGUGGGCUUUUUAUGGGCAUUGUUUUGAUAUGUAUACUUGCAUCGGUUGGCAGUCAGACCUUUGCGUUUGGGUUGGGGUGGACUGUCCCAUGGAUUUGGGCAGGUGUCUGGGCAGUCAUCACGACUUACUGGGUGAAAUCUGCGCUGAGGGAAGAGAAGCUUACCUGGUCGGAGAGCCAGAAAGUAGUGGAGGUGUAG